ACUUUCAACACAAUUGUUUUUAUCGAUGGAUCUGAUCUUAUAAUAAAAACAGCAGCGAUGUAUUUCUAGAGAUGGAACGAAACAUUCAAUCAGUGGAAACAAGUACAGUAAUAUCUAAGAAACUUUUAUAGUAUUGGAGUCACAGAAUGCAAUUUACUUUUCAAAUAAUAUAAACAAUGUUUUUGUCACAGUAUUUCAUCAAAUAAAAUGCAAUUCACAUCGAUUGUACAGCACAAACCUACAAGUACUGGUACUUGUCUAGCAGACGAAAUUUUCCACUGCGUCGAUGGCCCGGUGGUUGACAUUUUCGCCGGCCGGGAGAGUGGCGCUGUCGUCUCGGGGCCGUGGGGGAGUGUGAGUGUGUGCGGGAACGGGUGUUUUUUAAGAGUGAAUUAUAUGUUCAAGAGUGUAAGACAGUGUUGACCUAUAUCGGACGAUAAUGCCUGCACCACAGAAAGCUAGCUUCGCGGAAUUUCUAUGGAACCGAGAGGAGAAGACGGUUCUGGGCCGUACCGGCCUUAGUUGGUUUAAAAUCACCGUAUUCUAUAUUAUAUUCUACUCGUGCCUGGCGGCUUUCUGGUCGUUAUGCCUCUUCAUCUUCCUGCAGACCAUCAGCUACAAGGAGCCGAGGUGGAACACCAACACUGGCAGCAUCAUCGGCAAAAACCCCGGUCUGGGCUUCCGGCCGCGACCGCCCGCGGAGCGGAUCGAGAGCACACUAGUAAUGUUCAACGAGGGCCCCGGAGAGAACUGGGGCCACUGGGUCAGCGAGCUCACCAAUGUCACGGAAAAGUACAAGCAAGUCCCUGAGAAAUACAAGAAAAACAUGAAGACGUGCACCUAUGGCGACGAGAUGGAGGGAGACGAUUUCUGCGUGUUCAACAUCGCAGAGCUCGGCACCAAGUGCAGCAAGGACAGGAACUUCGGCUACGAGGCCGGCAACCCCUGCAUCAUCGUCAAGCUCAACAAGAUCUUCAACUGGCGCCCGGACGUGUACGCGACGUCGGACGACCUGCCGGACAACAUGCCGGAGAGCGUGCGCGAGGUGAUCGCGCGCGACUUCACCGAGCCCGGCUCCAACGAGAUCAACAAACAAAACGUCUGGAUCACGUGCGAGGGAGAGAACCCCAACGACUUUGAGAACAUCGGGCAGGUGAACUACUACCCGCACCCGGGCAUGCCGGCCUACUACUACCCGUUCCAGAACCAGCCCGGCUACCAGUCACCACUGGUGGCAGUCGAGUUCGCCAGCGUCAAACGUGGUGUCCUGUUGAACAUCGAGUGCAAGGCCUGGGCCAAGAACAUCUUCCACGACCGGAAGGAGCGGAAGGGCUCGGUGCACCUGGAGCUGAUGGUCGACUGAGGGUGCUGCCGCCGCCGCCCGACGGCACACGUAGUGUUGCGUUAGUGAGCGUCUGGAGUCGGACAGCGGACGGGGCGAGUGCCAGCGAGCGAGCGCCGGGGACCGAGGCGCUGCCGGCCGCCGUCUGUGUGCCUGUGUGCGCGCGCGCGAGUCUGUGUGUGCCGUCUGUCUCAGCUGCCUGGGAGCGUGUGUGCGUGCGUCUGCGCGUGUGGCUGUGUGUGUGCGGCGCGCGCGUGCGUGUGUGCGUGGCGCGCCUCUGGCCGGCGGCGCGGUCCCGCCGCAGCUGCCGAAUCUCUGCGUGGGACGGCCGGCGCGCGCCCGCCGGGUGCAAUCUUGUCACGCGCCAGUCGGACUACCCACCCUGCAGGUCCCGUAAUGCCAACCCUCGGUUUUAGCCAUAGACGAGAUAUUUUAGUUUUUGCGUUUGUUUUAUAUGAUUGUGUUCGAGGGCCAGCUAUUCAAGGCUUUCACGGCGCCAACGGCCUUCUAAAUUAGUUUUGCUCAAGCCUCUCGUUGCCAUAUUGGACGGUAGUAGCGCCCCAGCCGAGCGGGCGCGCCCGCGGCGCCCUGUCACCCCCAGUUGGACCCGCGCAUCGCCAGCGGUAGGUACUUGUUACAUGCACCGUCGUACGUCUCGUUGAUGUUGAAUGCGAUCGGUGGAGGGAGAGCGCGGGCGGCGGUCGGCCCGGCUGCCGCCCGGGGGCCCAGCAGCCGCCCAGGCCCAGUCGCAGUGACACGCUGUCAAAUUGUAGAUAUACCUUUUCCAGCGUCGUUGGAGCCGCCUGUGCGGCCUCGCGCCGCCUUGUGGGCCCGUGUCUUGUCCGUUUUACUCGUUGGCUGUCAUCACAUAUGGUGCAUUACGAGAGCAGUGCUCUGUUAGAUAAAUAAAUUUCCACAGUA